UGACUGACAAAACGCCCCUCUGUCAAGGACGAACCAAGGGUGCUCUUUGCUGUGCUCGAUGAUAUGGCAGGUUUAGUCUCCCCUAUUUCAGGCACGACGGAGGACAAUCGUUCUCUGGCAGGCAGGAAGGUUUCUCACGAAUGCCCUUCUUGACGCCAGUUGCUUUGGAUAUAAGAAUACGCCUCAACACUCAACUAUCAGUGACCCAUUCAAGAGGUGGAAGAUUAUUGGCGAUUAAAAUCCUGGCUCAGGCCACCAGAAACUUGGUGAAGGCAUUACUUCUAAUCCUGCAUCAGCGUCCACGUUCACACCAUGCUUCGCGUAUACAUUAUGCCUCGCGUAUACACUAUGGGUCGCAUACACGCUGUGGAUCGCAUAUACACUAUGCCUCGCAGAAAGCCGUGCAACCCGUCCACAUCGAUCUUUGAUAAACUGAGUCAGUUCAGGCGACUACACAGAAACCUGGCCACAGCGUGCUUGCAGCAGUUCAGCGAGUCGGACUACGCAAAAUUCAAACAAUCGUUUCUGUUUAACAAUCUUCUCGAGCAGCCAACACUACCGCCUCUUGAUGGAACUAGUCUGCACAGCGGUGUCCAGUCAAAGAUUCGUUCUUACGUCUUUGCAAACGUCCCCCUGCGGGUCAUAAAGUUACCGGAGAUGACGCUCAUGGGAAGAAGCGCGGCGGCAGAUUAUCUUGUCAAGACAAAACUCGAGAAUGUGGUGCGAGCAGUGGCGCAACAGGAACAAGCCGCGCGGCGAAACCAUUACUAAAGGAGGUGGAGGACAUCACAAGAUACGCCAUCUUAUCACAUACGUGGGAAGCGGACGAGCCCAAUUAUUAAGACUUCCACAACCCGUCCAGCCGUGGUAAGCAAGGCUACAAGAA